CCUCCGUACUUUGCCCUUGAAAUAAAAAUCUUUCUCUUCUCCUCAACGCUUCUCUUUCUUCCUCCUUCCUCAUCCUUCUCUCUUUCUCUCGCCAAGAAGGAACCCAGACCUCCACUACUCGAGAGAGACUCUCCUGUUCUUUGAUUACCUCUUCGACUUGGUUUAUGAGCUCGAAGGAGAGACCCACUCUUGGUGGCACGCGGAUUAAGACCCGCAAACGGAAUAUUGCAGCGUCGCUGGACCCUGCAGCAUUUUCGGAUGCAGUGGUCCAGAUUUAUCUGGAAAAUGCUGGUGAUUUGGAACUUGUCGCUAAGAGCAUUGAAUCUUCAGAACUGAACUUCUCUAGAUACGGUGACACCUUUUUCGAGGUUGUUUUCACAGGUGGCCGUACUCAACCUGGCACAACAAAACCUGAUGAGGGGGAGCGACAUCCUUACUCAUUUCUAGAUUGCGAGCCUAAGCGGGAGACUAUUCUUCCUUCUGUGAUUUAUAUACAGAAGAUUUUACGCCGGAGGCCAUUUCUCAUAAAGAACCUUGAAAAUGUUAUGCGAAGGUUCCUUCAGUCGCUGGAACUCUGUGAAGAAGAUGAAAGGAAGAAGCUUGCAAUUUUCUCCGCACUUGCAUUCUCCCAGAAACUAUCUGGACUUCCACCAGAGACUGUCUUGCAACCACUGCUCAAGGAUAAUCUUGUGGCCAAAGGGAUAGUCCUUGCAUUUAUUACUGACUUCUUUAAGGAAUAUCUGCUAGACAACAGUCUUGAUGACUUGAUAUCCAUUUUGAAGAGGGCUAAAAUGGAAGACAGUCUUCUGGAAUUUUUCCCUUCUUCAAAGCGAACUGCUGAAGCUUUUUCCGAGCAUUUCACUAAGGAAGGGCUGCUUCAGCUAGUUGAGUAUAAUGAGAAGAAAAUAUUUGAGGAGAAGCUGAAAGAGAUGAAGUCUGCUUUGACAACUUUGAUAGCUGAGGAGGCUGAUCAAUCAGAGGUCCUGGAGGUUGUGAAACAACGUGUUGCUGAUGCUAAACUACCUGAAAUUGAAGUUGUUCGGAUUCUGUGGGAUGUUCUGAUGGAUGCUGUUCAAUGGUCUGGGAAGAAUCAGCAGCAGAAUGCUAAUGCUGCACUGCGCCAGGUGAGAACCUGGGCAAACCUGUUAAAUACCUACUGUACUAGUGGGAAACUCGAGCUGGAACUCCUCUACAAGGUGCAGAUGCAGUGCUAUGAGGAUGCUAAGCUCAUGAAAUUGUUUCCCGAUAUAGUUAGGGCUCUCUAUGACCAGGAUGUGCUUGCUGAAGACACCAUUCUUCAUUGGUUCCGUAAAGGAACUAACCCAAAGGGCAGGCAAACCUUUGUGAAGUCACUAGAGCCAUUUGUGAAUUGGCUUGAAGAGGCCGAGGAAGAGGAAUAAAUUGCUCUGACAGCAACAAAAGCAGCAGCAGCAGCUGUGGCCAGCAGCUGUUUGUAUAAGAACUGCGAGAUAAUGCAGCUGCUCAUUUGUAAUUUUGCCUUUGGUUUCUGUUAAAGAGUUAAGUGAAGUUUCGAACGUUGGAUAUUGGCUGUACCCUUUUCAAACAUAACUGUAAACGGUGACGGUGAUGAUCAAAGCUUUAAAAUAAUCUUACUUCAAGUUUGCAUUUUUUUACACUG